UGUCAUUUGUUUUUAAUUCUUAUUGAUAUUUUUAAAGCAUAAGGCCAUAAACCUUUCACAAUUGAUAAAACAAUACAUAUAUAUGGUCUAUACUCUGUCUGGCUUUUGAAAAUAAGGUCUGGAGUUAAGUGGUUGUCGAUUGCCCCCCAAAGGGAUUCUUGCUAUCAAGUCUUGUUUCUUUAGUAACAUGAUGCAAUGUUUGUGUUACAAAAAUCGUGGGUUUUUUUUAAAGGGAUGAAAAGUGAAAUUUUCGGCACUUUCGCUUGAAUACCAAAUGUGGAGAUAAUGAAAUACAAAACGCACGUGAUUGUGUAGGACAAUCAAUCAUGUCAGAAUUUAAAAUUUUUUCUUUCUUAAUAUCACAAUCACGAGGAUAAACUUCACACAACUUUUACCUUUUCAAAGACAGGUGAUUCACGUGGCAACCAUAUGUAUCUAUUUACUUUCUUUCAAAGUGUUCAAAGGGCAUCCGCAAAGGUCGAGGAUAGACCAAUCAUAGACGAGCAUCUUUUGCCAUCAAUGAAUAUUUAAACCCCCAUUGAUUGUAAAGGUUUUCCCGCCAAGAGAUGGCAAAGUUUAUUCGGCCGUGUUUUGUGUAGGAAGGAAGAUCGAUCGAGGAAGGAUAGAUCUCAAAUUUCCUGUCUGGAAUCUAACAAAGCACAGCCGUGUUAAAGGUUAUCUCUCUUCACAAGCACACGAGGAAAGUCCUGCAAAUGGCGUCAAAGGAAGACGAAGCCGCUGCCGCUCAGCCUCUAACCAGCGAUCAUGACAAAGAAACGAACGGAGAUGCCCUUCCAGCCGUGGAAGUCAAUGGACAGUCGGGUCUUAAGAAGGAAGUCACCCUUCUCAAUGGCAUUGCUCUUGUUGUUGGGGUGAUUAUCGGCUCUGGCAUUUUCAUUUCACCGAAACGUGUCCUCACAUGGACCUAAUCUGUCGGGAUGAGUUUGGUAGUCUGGGCUGGUUGCGGUAUUCUCGCCCUCCUUGGCUCUCUCUGCUACUGUGAAAUGGGCACCAUGAUCCCCAAAUCCGGUGCGGAGUAUUCUUAUCUCUACGAAGCCUUUGGUCCUCUACCGGCAUUUCUUUACAGUUGGACGCUGGCUCUGAUCAUUCGCCCGUCUUCGCUCAGUGUCGUGGCCCUAACCUUCGCACGUUAUGUUAGUCAGCCCUUCUUCCCCGACUGCGAAAUUAGUCCGAUUCCUGUUAGAAAGAUCUUAGCAGCUACAUGUUUGGCUCUGACCAUGUUGAUAAACUGUGCAAGUGUCAAAUGGGCCACGCGUAUCCAGGACACAUUUACUUUUGGAAAACUUAUUGCUCUUGCAAUUUUGAUUGUGAUUGGUUUGAUUGAAGUGGGAUCAGGUAAUGUUCAGAACUUUAAGGGAUCUUUUGAGGGAACUACUUCAAACUUGGCAAAUAUUGGAUUGGCUUUCUACUCAGGGCUGUGGGCUUAUGAUGGAUGGAAUAGCUUAAAUUUUGUCACUGAAGAGAUGAAGAACCCAGCAAGGGAUUUACCAAGGGCCCUUAUGAUUGGAAUUCCUCUGGUAACCAUUGUUUACUUGUUGACCAAUGUUGCUUACAUUGCUGUCGUUGGAGGGCUUGGCAUUUUAAACUCAGGAGCUGUGGCUAUGGUUGUUGGGGAAGAAACGAUGGGCCCAGUUGCCUGGUUGAUUCCAAUUUUUGUUGCAUGCUCCACCUUUGGUUGUGUGAACGGACUGGCUUUUAGUGGUGCAAGGUUGGUGUUUGUGUCAGCUCGUAAUGGCCACAUGCCCAAAGUACUUGCUAUGGUUCAUAAGAGUUGCCACACUCCUAUGCCUUCUAUCAUUUUCUUGCACGUUAUUGCCAUGAUCAUGUUGAUUCCUGACUCCAGUGAGUUCAGCACACUUGUCAACUACUUCAGCUUUGCUGCAUGGCUCUCGUACUUUGCAGUCAUCACAGCUUUGAUGUACCUCCGAUGGAAACGCCCAAAUGCUGAGAGACCUUACAAGGUCUGGCUAAUUGUGCCCAUUGUUGCUGACUUGGCAGCCCUGUAUCUGCUGAUCACUCCAUUCUGGCUGGAACCUAAGGAGUCAGCCAUGGCCCUGAUCUUCAUUGUUAUCGGCAUACCUGUCUAUUUCUUCUGUUGUUAUUGGAGUAAAACAAAGGAUGCAUGCGAUGGAUGCUGUGGACGUUUCACUUACAAUGUGCAAAAGUGGUUCAACUUGUUUUUGCCAGAUAGUCCAGAAGAACCUGAGGAAACCAUGUUAAAAGACUGAAGUCUCUAUUAAACUACAAGCGGCCCCUUCUUUUCGGCAAAGUCCCAGCACAAGUAAAGAAAAAAAGAUGAAAAAAAAAGAUGAAAAAAAAAUUGAUGUCGUGGUGCAGCAGAAGCUUCUGAGAGAGAGGCACUCACUCUCAGAGCUCCUCCUGUACAAUUAACUUUUUUUGCUGAUUUUUUCACACUUGCCCAUCAAACCUUGCGUAUAAGAAGGGACUGCUUGAAGUGCAAGUCUCCAUGUAUCAUUGCUUUGAACCACGAGUAAAGAAAUUAAACCUUUUUAACACUUUAAAGCAGUUUUUCAAUUGAGUGUCAAAAAAAUCAAAAGCAAAGUAAUCCCAGUGACCAAUCAGAACAAAGGUCCCCGCCAUUAUUAGCCGAUGAGAACUCAAAGUGAACACAUGCAAAUGCUGAAAAGGUGGGAAUCAAAAUGUGAAUGACCAAGUGGAGAUUGUAUUUAGUUUUGCAUCUGAUUGGUUAAUAGUUUGGCACAAGCUUUCUUAACCAAUCACAGAACAAAGUUCAGUAAAAUAGAAGCAUUCCAGGAUUACUUUUGACACGCAGUUGAAAAUAGCGCUGAGCUAAGUUUUACUUUUACUAUUGUAUUUCACAGUGGGCAGCCACGGAAAUAAAAAUUCAUUUAGGCUUAAAUUUUGAUAUACCCAAGACGAACAAGGUGACCUUUACUGUUUUCACGUGACAUGUAGGUAUAAGUGAUCAAUUGAAGUUUACACUUCCAAGUGAUUUUUAAAUAGCGUUGGUUGUGUGAAGCACAUUGAUUUGAAAUUGAGUUUUAAUUUAUUUAUGUUACUUUUCCAUGUAUUUAUUCAGAAAUGAAAUUCGAAUCGUCGUGCUGCUCAAACCUUUCUAAAGCUACAAAAAUUGUAAUCUCCGUUUCGAUUGGUUACUUCUUUAUAAAUCGCACACUGUUGAAAGUUUGGAAUGUCAAUGAUUUUUCCAAUCUUUCUUUAGAAAUUAUUUAAUUGUUCCAGGUUCUAAUUUUUGGCUUGAAUAAGACAUUCCUCUUACGUUUCUGUUCAGUCUAUUAGAAAGUGUUAAAAAGCUGUAGUAGAUGAGAACAGUGAUCUUUAUUCUUAGAUUAGGUGCUCUCGAUUUAAUGAUGUUAGUCUAUGAUGAAUCUCUGAUAAUUAGUUUAUUAUGAUAAUUAGUCAAUUAUGGCAAUUGAUUAGGGGUGCCUGGUUCCUUUUCCAAUUUCAUUCAGUUUUAACGUGAGUAAACGAAGUGAAAGUGCGUCAAUUUAUAGACCAUGUAGAAAAGAUAGGAUAUAUGAUGUUAGGGGAAAAGAGCCGAAGCUUAUGAAAGAUUUUUUAGGUAAAAAAAGAGGUCAAUUUUAUUUCUCCAUAAAUUAUUGACAGAAAGCAAAUGAAAAUAAGUUUUCGAUUAAAACGAAGUUGUGGAAGGUCAGACUUAGACUUGUUCAAUUGUUUAGGAUAUAUGUAACAGUAUAAUAUUUAUUGAUGUAGUUUGUUUGCGUUUAUCAUUGAAUUGUUAUUGUAUAGCUACCAGUACGUCGUUACAUUUUAAGUCUUAAGGGAAGUAGACGUUGUAAAAGGCGUUAACUAGAUUAAAAACACAUGAGGUUGUAUUGAGCUCACAGAAAACUGUUAAUUCGAGUCGUGUUAGGUCAAGUAAUACCGAUUCAGGAAGGAGAUCUUACCUCGUGACAAGCCGGGGUGGAUCGGGCAGAGUCGUCUAGAAUCGAUUCUGGCUCGGUAUUGGCAAACGCCCACUCCAAGCGCUACGUACCUACCUUAGCUUUCGCGAACACGACUCGCAUUUUCAAUACUCUAAGCUCCUAAGAUACAUAAACGGUGACGUGCACCUUCAAGAAAUAAUAUUUAGUAGAAAAUCAUAAGCAUGUAGCCUUUGCUAUGUGCUUUUGGUAUAACAUGUUGAUCGUAAUCUCAGUAAAUGAGGUUCUGUGUUUUUAAUUUGAUGUAAGAGAGAAUUUACAUAAGUGGCGGAUGUUCUUAUAUAACUUGAUAAUCCUGUAAACCUGCUCACCGGCUGAUUAAAACCGUAAUUGAUGUGCUA